GUAUUUCCCGUGAAUUUGUUUUUUACAGUCACGGGGGUGUCACUGAGAUCCUUUUUAGCGUAUAUUUAAAUAGGAAUGCGCUUGAGUAAACUUAAAAUACAAGAAAAACGUCCGAAUAGAAUGUAAUUUGUACCAUUUGGUGCUUUCCUAAAUCAUCUCAUUAAAUUCGAUAACUCUACCGUCCAAAACAGGUCACGACGACAAGAUCGACGUGCUGCUUGAGUGCCUGCACUUGUUGGAGUAAUAAACUCAAGAAAGUAGAUAAUUUUCUACUACCUAUUGUUCUGGAUCAUUCACCUGUGGUACCACGUGCGCUUUCUCGUAGAAAAGAUUUCUGUAGGGCUGAACAUAUUAUAUAGAAGGACAUAGCGAUCUUUUUCACUGUUGUGGCAAGAGAUACAGUUUCCCUUAUUUUUCGAUAGGAAUGACAAACAGAAGUUUGGAGAGAUUCCCUUUUUCACCGAGAGCUCUCAAACCUACAGUAAAGCUACUUUUUCUUUUUACUAAAAUCCCGACAUGCUUCCCAAAAUGCUGAAAUGUUCAAGACAGAACUAAAAUACUUCCAUUGUACCUUUGGAAAAAACCUGUUCUAUUGUUCAAGAAAUAGUGAUGUAAGUUUUCCUAAUCAUUCUGAAGAAUAUAAUAAUGAAGGACUAAUGAGAAAAGGUUAACACUACAGUGCACAUUUUGCGUCUGAAGAAGAACCAAACAAAUUAUUGACAAAUAAAGAAACCGAAAUAAAACUGUUAUGAAUAUUGAUAAAGAAGAUCCACAAAUAAAACCUUUAAAGACAGACAAAACAGUUUUAUCUGACUCGCGGGAUUCGGAAGAUUAUUUUAGAUGCAGUUUGUGGCCUCCUGAUUCGGAAUUAGAGUUUUCAUUGUUUAGCAUUGUGUUACUUAUCUUUGGUUUUUUUAUGUUUAUUGCCGACAUUGGUUCAGACUUGUGGGUUGCCAUAUCUCAUUACCAUGACAGUAACAUAUGGUACUCUUCUAUCUCGUUUUCCUUUACCAUUUUUCCUUCGCUCAUGAUGUCUGCAUGUGCUAUGAAAUUCUAUACCCUUGACAUAAAGGAGGGACGGUGGAAAAACUUCAUAGUGACGAUUUUCCAACUGGGACCCUUAAUCGGGUUUUAUAGUGUUCUGAAGGCCGGAAUGAGUAUGAGAAAAGCUAAGAAUCGUGAAGAAAAGCUGGAAUUUUACAACGCUUAUAGUACAGCCGAACUUUAUACCUCCAGAUCUAGGAUGAUAGAAGGGUUUUUAGAGUCCUGUCCACAGCUAGUUGUUCAACUUUAUAUCGUUGCUACAGACUACCAGCGACUUAGUAGAAGCUACUAUACAAUUGUGGCUCAAGGCAUCUCGAUACCUCUGUCUUUGUUGUCACUUUCCUUGACAUUGAUGACAAGAGAGAAAGUUCACCAGCGAGGAGAAAAGAGUAUUUUUACUGUUGGGGCUCGUUGUCUCUUUGUAACUCAGUAUUUUUUCAUGAUAUCGGCAAGAGUUAUAGCAGUGGCGCUACUUGCUUCUUUCUCAGUUAACCUGUUGGGUUUGGUAUGUUCUACUCAUGGAUUAAUAUCUGCAAUGUACAUGUACUGGUUAAUAGGAAUCAGCCCAAUGAAAGAUGCUCCAGAGAGUAGAUACAGAAAAACAGUCUCAGUAUAUAUUGGUUUAAUAUAUAUCUUUACCUACUUCCGAACCUACGCACGGACACCACCCUCUGGGACGGAAGCCUGUGUGUACCACGUAGCGACAGUGAUAGAAAGCUCUGCCAUGAUCGGUCUCUGGUACGCUCUUAGUGAGGGAGAUAGUUGGUUCAGAACUCCUGCUCUCAUUAACCAUUUCGUCUCAUAUUUUCUGGGUUUCGUCUUGAUGGGUUUGUACUUCACCUGUUUCAAGAAAGGUUCGGAUAGGUUUUUCUUUCAAAGACUAAAAACAGUAAAUGAAAACCUCUGCUGAUGAGAAAAAAGAAUUUCAAGUUAUUUUUUUGUCUAAAAUUGUUUUAUUGAAACAUAAUCACAUCAAGAACGGGGACUCGUUAUAACACACUUUUUAUUUACUUUUUCAAUGACUAGCACAUAAAAAAACUCUUACUUUUGAAUGAAGUAGCACAUAAACCAUAUAUCACGGACUUUUCUAAAUAAUUUGUUCUUUGUUAACGGAUCAAGUAAAAACAAUAGUCCACUUUUACCUGAUUUUCGUGCACAGAGAAGGUAUUCGAUAUUUUAGUAGCCAUUGUUACGUUGAACAAAAAGUAAAUUUCAAUUGUAGUAAAGUGUAUUCUGAUAGAAACUUGACAUGUUUGCCAAUUUAUCUUUAUACUGCACUUAGAAAUAUAAUCUUAAUUAUUUUCAAAAAUCACCUUUUGUAACACGUCUUCUGUUAAAAACUUUUUUUGAUACUACGUUUAAACAGAUCUGAUAUCCAUAAUAAACAAAUAACUCUAGGUCUUCACAUGUAAUGUCUUUAUCCUUGAAGUCGAAGUCAAGGAUUGGUAACCAUUUAUAUUCUCUGUGAGAGAGUGAAGUAACCGAAUGAGAGGUGUGUCUAAAUCGUCUUGGAAGUUGUUAUUUUCUUGCUUUCAGUAAAAAGGAUUUGUAAAAAUGUAUCCUAACAAUUUUGUUCUCAGAAAGCAA